AUGGAUAACUUCCAGACCGUCCUGCGCUUUUUCAUGAACCAGAAGGCCACCAUUGGCUACAGCUUCAUGGCCAUCCUGACCAUCGGGGGAGAGCGGAUCUUCUCCAUGGUCUCCUUCCAGUGCCCCUGCAACCACGACCAGAACUUUGCAUACGGCAUGACCUUCCUGCUGGGCCCAGGCCUGGUUCUGCUGGUGCUGGGUCUUUUCUUCAGCAGCAGGCUGUGGCGCCUCUACACUGGCUGUUGCCUCAACCCCGUUAAGCUAUGCCCCGGGGGCAACUGUUUCACCUGCCUCAAGGUGUUUGUCAAAAUCUUCUCCGGUGCCUGUGUGGCCCCUAUCAUGUGGCUGUGUGUGGCACUGUUGAACGGGACCUUCUACGAGUGUGCCGUCAGUGGGCUGGAUAAUGACCUGGUGCUGGAUAUGUUCUGUAAGAACAGGACUUUGAUGUGCCGGGAGGAGCUGGCCCGUGUGCCCUGCAGCAAGUCCAAUCUGCCCAGUGACUUGAACAUGGAACUGUUGCUCAUGUUCCGGGCUCAGUCACAGAUACUAGGCUGGUGUAUUAUCAUCAUUUCAGCCGUACUAGGGCUCCUCGGGACCUGCUACACCAACUGCCGCUCGAAGGUGAGCUACCUGCAGCUCACCUUCUGGAAGUACUACGUAGAAAAGGAGAAGGAGCAGUUCGACACAUUCGCUAUGGAGUACGCAUCCAAGCUGGCCGAGAGGAACCUGAAGAGCUUUUUUGAGAACCGUGAACCGGAAGUAUUCCCAUUCCCCAACCACAAGGCCUGGGAGGAGAUCUCGGCCCUCUACACCUUCUCCAAGAGUGAGCAGUACUACAGCACCCUGCAGAGGUAUGUGGAGCGUGAUGACGAGAGACUACUGCCCUGAAAAAAGACCAGUCAUGGCGCUUGACCACGACACAGAGAUGAGCUGAGAGAGGCGUGGAUAAUGUCAUAUAAAUACAUAUCCAGAGAAGAAUGCAGAUUUAUUUCACGAACACUACAUUGGGGACAUUGUUUUAAACUGUUUCUAUUGACAGUGUAUGAAUUAUAGUAUAUCCUAUUUGUUUGACCUUUUAUAAAUGACAUGCAGUAUAUACUAUAGAUUUAGCUCACAGACUGAGGAGAGGCGUUGUUGCCUGCAUUUUCCCCCAAAGCACUGAUCUACACAGAACACCAUUCAGGAAGUUAUUACCAGUGACACAGCAGUGAUUACCAAAGAAUGCAGCCAUUGCAGAAGUGGUAAAGCAGCAGGGCUUCUUGUCUGCUGAUUUGAAAAAGUCUCCUCUACCUCUCUUUGACAUGCCUUUGAGGCAUUUCGUUCACUUUACUGGUAGAUAAUGGUAGGAGAGAUAUUGUAAUUGUGUAGUUUUAAUAUGGAAUUUUGUAUGUAGUAUUGCACCACACCAUGAACGCUACAUGCAUGACAGAGUUGUAACAUGCAAUUUGCUUGAAAUGUUUACACAACUCAAUGUUUAUAGAAUUAUGACAACUUGAGCACAAUCUUAAAGUGUCUUUCUAUGAUGGUACAAGUGAAGCAGCUCACUUUAUGUUGUAUGGUAAUUUGGGGAUAACUAGUCUUGUCCAAGCAAUACGUUUCGGUCUGCCAUUACUGCCUUCCUGUUCAGUUAUUAAUGUCAAUAGUAGUCAGUAACUCACAAAUGAAGAGGUAAUAAAUCAUGUAUGACAUACGGGAUAUUCUCACUGGAAUCUACAAAAGAUUUAGUGGCCCCUGUUUGUUUUUUGUUCUUCUCCUUUCUAACAUCUGUAAAACCAUGUAAUGUGUAAGCACUAAAUUAACCUGUACAUAGAACCUUAUUUGAACAUGUUGCAUUAUGCCUGAUAAAACCAUUUUAGGGUGGUGAGUUUGUGUGUUAAAACUGUCCACAUUCCACCAUGUUUGACUAAGGGGAGAAUGCAGCCAUAUCGGUGUAGUUACAGUGCCUUCGGAAAGUAUUCAUACCCCUUGAUGUGUUCCACAUUUUGUUGUGUUACAGCCUGAAUAAAACAUUUGUUAAAUUGA